AUGUCAAGUCCCGUGGACCACAAACGAAUUAUUCAUGUUCAAGAACAACAUCAACAUGGUGAACAUUCAUCCAUUCAAGAAUCUCCUACCUCCGACGAGGGUACCUACGUGAAUGAAUCCUCCGAACCGCGUAACCAAAACAACCUCAAAGUCGACACAGCGCUCUAUCCCGAUGGUGCUCCGCCCAUGAGCACUCCCUCUGCUCGCCGGGAACAAGCCACUCGUCUCGAGGAUGAUUUAACCCUCCUCCAAGCUGAGCGUGUCGCAUCGCGUUCUACCCAGGGCGAAAAUGGCGAGCAUGGUGACCAUCAUUCUAUCAGCCGGACCCGAUCGCGUCGCAGCGAGGCCGUCGAUGAGUUUGACGAAGCCACCAACCCUCUUCAUGAGAAAGCCGCGAUCUACAAACCCCCCCGAGAUUUCCUCGUUCGCUAUCUCACCUAUAUCGUCCCCAUGGUUCUCCUCAUUAUGAUCCCCCUCUUGAUCGGCGCCCUCAAAUUCCCAAAUACAAGUGUUGGAGGAGUGAAAUUGAUGUGGUUCUCCAUUUGGCUGGAGAUUGUUUGGUUGACUCUCUGGGCUGGGCGCAUUGUUGGAAAAGGAUUGCCCCCCGUUGUCAGUGCCGUGGCCAGUGUCUUCACCAACAACGCGAAGAAAUGGCGUGACAUGGCCAAGCAGCUGGAAAUUCACUUUGCAUUGUUCCUGUGGUGGCUUGGAGUCGAGAUUUCUUUCCUCCCCACCAUGAAGAACCACCAUGUGGAUGGCGACAAGGGUACGCGCAGCUGGGAGAAUACUCUCAACAAGAUCAUUAUUGUGAUUUUCGUCUGGACGAUUCUCAACUUGAUCGAGAAAGUCAUUAUCCAGCUGAUCGCGAUCAGCUUCCACCUGCGGACCUAUGCCGACCGCAUUGAGAUCAACAAAUUCCAGAUCGGCAGCUUGGUGAAAUUGUACCAAUGGUCCCGCGCCCAGAUUGAGGAGGAUGACGAUGCUUUCCAGGAAAAAGACCAGGACCAGACCGGGUCGGGCACCAAGACUCCCCUGCACUAUGCUGGAAAGGCUGGUCGCGCCGCUCAAAAGGUUGCGGAAAAGGUCGGAAACAAGGUCGGUGAUGUGGCUGGUGGCGUUGUUUCGGAUUUCACCGGUCGCAGAGUCAAGAAUAGCGGCGACCCUUAUCAAGUCAUUCUGACUUUACUCCGUUCCACCUCUGGUUGCCAGGUUCUGGCCCGUCGCCUUUACCGUACUUUUGUCCGUGAUGGCUUUGACACUGUUUUCUCCGGCGAUCUGAAGGAGGCCUUUGAUAACAAUGAAGAAGCCGAGGCUGCCUUCGUCAUGUUCGAUCGCGAUAUGAACGGGGAUAUCUCCAUGGAAGAAUUGGAAGCUGUGUGUGUUGACAUUGGCCGUGAGCGCAAAUCCAUCACUGCUUCGCUGAAGGAUCUGGACUCGGUUGUUUCCAAGCUGGACGAUGUCUUCAUGUUCUUUGUCUUCGUUAUUGUUAUCAUUGUCUUCCUCUCGCUGAUCUCCACCUCCGCCGCCGGAGUUCUCACCUCCGCCGGUUCCACCAUCCUUGCUCUCUCUUGGUUGUUCUCUGCCACCGCACAGGAAUUCCUGCAAUCCAUCAUCUUCGUCUUUGUCAAGCACCCCUUUGAUGUCGGUGACCGUGUCACCAUCUACGGUAACGCCGGUGAUGCUGGUUUGGGUGACGACUACUUCGUCAAGGAGAUCACCCUUCUAUACACCGAGUUCAAGAAGAUGCAAGGUCACGUCGUCCAAGCGCCGAACAGCUAUCUGAAUGGACUGUUCAUUCUCAACCAGCGCCGUUCUGGAGCCCUCGCUGAAGCUGUCCCCAUCAUCAUCAAGUACGGCACAACCAUCGACCAACUCGACGGUCUCCGUCAACGCCUGCUGGAGUUUGUCCGCAGCGAGAAGCGCGAUUUCCAGAGCAACAUCCUCACCGAGCUGCGCGCCGUCACCGAGAACUUCUCCGUCACACUAAAUGUCGUCUUCUUCUACAAAUCCAAUUGGCAAAACGAAGGUCUCCGCCUACAGCGCCGCAACAAAUUCAUCUGCAUGCUCAUGAUCGCCCUACAAGAGAUCGGCAUCGAGGGCCCUCGCAUGAACCUCCAAGGCGCCAACGUCGACUAUCCCGUCCACAUCAACUACGGCCAACCAAUGGUCGCCCCGCCCCUGAAGAGAGAAGAUCCCACCGAAGCGGAAGAAGUCCCAAUCGGCGAAGCAGGCCACUCCAUCCCGGAAAACACCAGCAUCAGCAGCGGCACCACAGCCCGCCACCCCUCCAUCCUACGCAAGGGCAUGAACACGGCCGCAGCCCGCGCCCGCGGCGCCUCCACAUCCCGCAAACACGUCGACUUCUCCCUCGGCAUGGCGAAUCUCUCCUCAAACGACGUAAUGGGCGACGUAUUCGAAGACCGCUCCGUGCGCAUCGACGACGUAGUCCGGACCUCAAACCGCGAAGCCGCCGAGCGGCGCAUGCAAGAUCUCGCCGAGGAGGAAGAAGAGCGCCGAACGAGCCGGAGCGCCAGUGCCAGCGCUGCCUCUUCAAACAAGGGCAGUCGGCGCCCGUCGAAUCUGACGACUACGACCACGAACGAGGGUCGACCUUCGGUUCGACGCGCACAGUGUGCGGAGUGGGGCUUCGUCUGCGAGAAAUCGCUUCUUCCGUCAUCGCAGCAGUGUCAGUCGCGAUGGGAACGAUUUGGAGUCUGGGCGCGGUGUUUCGCCUGGGGCGCCGGUUCCUGGUUCUUCGGGUGCGCAGGAGGAUGA